AUGGCUGGAAUUUUCGUGAAUGAUAAACCGGUUUGCGGUGGUGCUUUUAUCAGGAACGACCACGUUAUCACAGCAGCAGAUUGCGUACACGGUAAGACAAACAUUGUUGUGAGCGUGAAUUCAGUUAAACCAAAUGAAAUGGAAAAGAAAAACGUUAAAAAUUUUUACGUUCAUCCCUACUACAGGCCGUCUUUAAAAGGUUACAAUGUUGCCGUUGUUAAAGUCGAUCCAUUUCCAGAUCCGGUUAUAUUAAAAUUAUCAAACGUCGAUCCGAAACCCGGACAAGUUUUAUUAACGAGUUCAUGGAAUCCAGAAAGUGAAGAACAACGAUUCGAAUCUGAGGAAUCGAUAGUGGUCGAAAGGUCAAUUUGUAAAAAAUCACUUUCGUCGCAAAUUAAAAUAAAUGGAAAAUUAAUAUGCAUGAAUAUGGAAAAUACAAAAUUUCCUUUUUUCAAUGGAAAUCCUUUGACGUUUGUCGAUCCGGAUGACGACGACAUUAAAAUCCUUUUUGGCAUUGGAACUUAUUCCGUGGAAAAUUCAACGGAAAGGAAAAAUUUACCAAAUGUUUAUGUAAACGUUGCCAAUAUGGAAAUCGAUAGUUUUUUACAAACAUUUGUUUAA